GAGGUGCGACGGCGGCGCGCUGGGCAGCGCAGCUGCAGCUCCCCUUUCCCCUUUCCAGGGCGAGAGGUGUCUAUGGGGCGCCCGCUGCCGCCGUCGGUCCCGCCACCGCCGCCGUCGCCGCCGCCGGGUGCUAUCUCUAUGGCGAGGAGGAAGAGGAGGAGCGCGAGCUCAGAGACACAAGUGCACAAGUAAAGGGUAGAAUAUUUUUAUGAAACACAUCUUCAAUCAAGUGUAACGUUUGAUGCUUGGCAUCUAGGCUCCUUGUGCUGUCACUAUGCCAGCAGCAACUGUAGAUCAUAGCCAAAGAAUUUGUGAAGUUUGGGCUUGUAACCUGGAUGAAGAGAUGAAGAAAAUUCGUCAAGUUAUCCGAAAAUAUAAUUAUGUUGCUAUGGACACCGAGUUUCCAGGUGUUGUUGCAAGGCCCAUUGGAGAAUUCAGGAGCAAUGCUGACUAUCAAUACCAACUAUUGCGGUGUAAUGUAGACUUGUUAAAGAUAAUUCAGCUAGGACUGACAUUUAUGAAUGAGCAAGGAGAAUACCCUCCAGGAACUUCAACUUGGCAGUUUAAUUUUAAAUUUAAUUUGACGGAGGACAUGUAUGCUCAGGACUCUAUAGAGCUACUAACAACAUCUGGUAUCCAGUUUAAAAAACACGAGGAGGAAGGAAUUGAGACCCAAUACUUUGCAGAGCUUCUUAUGACUUCAGGAGUGGUUCUAUGUGAAGGGGUCAAAUGGUUAUCAUUUCAUAGUGGUUAUGACUUUGGCUAUUUAAUCAAAAUCCUGACGAACUCUAACUUGCCUGAGGAAGAACUUGAUUUCUUUGAGAUCCUUCGAUUAUUUUUUCCUGUCAUUUAUGAUGUGAAGUACCUCAUGAAGAGCUGCAAAAAUCUCAAAGUAAGGCUUCUGGGGACUUUAUCUGGAACAGCGCUUCAGUUAUCCGUAGUUCCCUGCAAGUCGUGGGGUCGCCUAAGACCAUCAGAAAACACAGAAAUUUACAUUAGACUUCCUAACAGUAGCAAAAUUACAGUUGUGAAGUACCAAUGAAAAUAUUUUAUAGUUGGGGACCACUGUAAUGUAAGGAACUGUAUUACAGGUCACAGCAUUAGGAAGGUCCGGAACCACUGAGUUAGCUCAAGUAACUAGCAUAAUGUCUUAGGCCUAAUGUGUUAAGCCAUGCUUUCAAAGUUAUGUUAAAUGCAGUUUAAUUAUCUGAUCCUGUUGUUCUUAACAGAAAUAAUAAUGUAUAGAUACUCCCUCUGAAUUUAUGUUGCUGUAUUUAUGUUGAUAGGGUAGGUG